AUGGUUCGUCCUCGCGUGUUCUUCGACAUUUCUAUCGACAAUCAGCCUGCGGGAAGGAUCAUAUUCGAAUUGUUCAACGACACUGCACCCAAGACCAGCGAAAACUUUCGUGCACUAUGCACCGGCGAGAAGGGACUGGCUCUGCUCUCUGAGCGCCCACUGUACUACAAGAACAGCAUCAUACACCGUUCGAUUCCAGGGUUCAUGAUUCAGGGCGGAGACUUCACGAAACGUAACGGCACGGGCGGCGAAUCUAUCUACGGAGGCCCCUUCCCCGACGAGGACCUAUCAAGACCUCUUGAUUCUGAAGGCCUUCUGUGUAUGGCCAACAAAGGCCCGAACACCAACAACUCGCAGUUCUUCGUCACGCUCAAAGAUACGCCGCACUUGAACGGCAAACACGUAGUUUUCGGCCGUGUCAUCCGUGGGUACGAGAUCGUCGAGCGUAUUGUGCAGGUACCCACGGAUGAGAAGGACCGACCUCGCGCACCUGUCGUCAUCUCCAACUGUGGUGAACUUAUGCUGCGUGCACCAGCUCAGCCUAAAAAGCCAGAACCCCAAUCCGCGUCCGAGAGCGCGGGAGAGUCUGACACGGACGAGGCACGCCAACACCGCAAGAAGCGGCGUCAUCGUUCAUUAACUCCCGACCGCUCACGGUCGCGCUCCCGCAUACCUCUCUCUGGCUCACGCUCCCCUUCCGUCGACUCUGCCGGCCAGGAACGCAAGCGGCACAAAUCCCACAAGAAGAGCAAGAAGGAGAAGAAAGAGAAGAAGCACAAGAGCAAGAAAGACAAGAAGGCGCGCCCCGAGGCAACCUCGCCCUCGCGCGGCCGUUCGCAUUCCCCGUCCCAUCCUGCCGAGCCCGUAAGCGAAACUGAGUCGCAAUACGAUGCACGUUUGGAGCGCGAGGAGAACGAGCGUAUCGAGGCGGCGAAGAAGCGAGAGCUCGAACGUAUCGCGCGUCGGCUCAAGGAGGAAGAGGAGCACCGUGCCAAGGACAGCGGCGGGGUGCGGUUCAAGGGUCGCGGUAGGAUGAAGUACCUGGACCCCGAGCUGCAGCGUGACGUCGACGAGAGUUGA